CAGCAGGGCUGUGCAGUGCUCUCAGCGACUGAAGCUGGGCGCAGGGGAACUGCAACGGCCGCGCCAAGCAUCUUCCAGUGAUGGCCUCUACUGAGCAGCACUGCUCCAGCUCCCACCAGCAGCACUGUGCAUAAGAAACACCAGAAACACCUUCGCCCUCCUGCUGCCAAGCCAGACAGAGAGACACACAGCACCAUGUACAGCGUGGACGAUCUCCUCAUUUCUCACGGAUACAAACUGGCCAAGACAAGCGUCCCCUGCCCCUCUUCCACUUCAUCCGCCACCGCACCUUGCGAGAAAAAGCGCCACGUCGCCGCCACGACCGAUUGCCACCGUGAAAUCCCAGCAGCAGAGAACCAGAGGCCUGGUCGUGUUGGAUCACUGAACGGGUAUGAACAGGCGGGAGACAGGGGGGCCUGCGUCUUCAGGAGCAGCAGCAGGCAGGCAUUACUGGCGAAGGCCUACCCCGGCAGCGGCGACAAUGAGAGCGGCGGGGAAAGGAACCAAAGGAGAAAAGAAGCUGGCAGCGGUAACCUAGGUGACAGCCUAGCACAGCCCCUGGGAGAUUCUCUCGCCACGGAUAGCGGGUUCUACGACGCACCCAGCUUAACCUAUUCUGAGCAGCUGGAGGAGAGGGAUGUGUCCUACUGGAGGAGGAGAGGCCAGGACUUCAGCGUCCUCCUGGAUUACGCCGACGGCCGGGAGCUGAGAGCGUCCGCUAGCUUUCUGAAGGCCUCUGAGGUGGCAUGGAGGCCACAGGCCCUGAUAGCAGAGGACCAUAGGGGGGAGAGGGAGAAGCAGCAGCAGAAGCAGCUAUGGGACGACACCUCCAUCUCCUGGCUGAGGGAAGCUGACGCGGCUCCUGGACAGCUGAGGGUAUUGACUGGGGUGACUGGGGAGCGGAAGUGCCAGAGCCUGGGCACAGAGGAGUGGAAGCCUGCGGUGGGGCUGGGGAGGCAGCUGUCGGAUGGGGAGGGCGAGAGGUGGGCUCAGGACCAGCAGCACCGCCUGAGGACUCCAGAGAGCGCUGGUUCUGUCCUCCCCAGAACCAGAGGGAAGUCCCAGUCUCUCCCCAGAGUGCUGUCGCCUGAUGGAACUACUGAACACACAGACACACAGUCCAGCUUGGUCAGUGUUCAGCUUCGACCGGGCCAGGUUGAUAGACAGAGAGUGAACAGCACCGUCUUUUCCGGGCCUUAUAGUAGGUAUUACCACAGCGCCGCAGUCGGCCGGGACCGGUGGGCCAGGAACAGUUGGCAAAGCGGCGGUCAUGUUGCACUUUUACCAAAGCCCAGGUUCAGCAGGCCUGUCAAGCCCCCGUCGUACGAGAUACACCAGCAGACUAGGGGUAGCCAGGAGAUGCUCUCUGUAGCUGUAUUAGAUGAGCAAGGGUGGUCCAAACAACAGAAAGACAACAGGCCUAUCUAUCACCCAAGGGGUGGAGAACUGCAGAGACAAGACUAUUUCGCACAACACUCCGCAAUCUUUGGCAUGGAGCCCCCCGGUUACAUCCCGCCCCCGUCUUAUAAGAGAGCCCCGCCCCCGAUCAGGGGAGGCCCAAUCAACCGCAACGAAGUGGUGAACUAUAAGUGGAGGGGGGAGAUGCAGAUACAGAUGCAGAUGCCUGUGAGCUCAGAGGCGGGAAGGUGGUUUUCCAGACAGGCAGGAGGGUCGUGGCUGGAACACUAUGGGGAUCGAGGUAUACCCUACAGGAAACAGGUUAACCCUAACCCGAAUCUGAACCCUGGAUACACCGAGGAACAUCUGGGGCAUGUUCACUAUUUACCCUUUGAUGAUCUGCGAGUGAGACACAUCUCAGGAGGGCCUGGCGGAAAUUCUCUCACUGACUCUGACAAGCUUAUCCAAAACAUCAACAAAGAGAUUCCCUGCGCUAAGGUUUUAGGACAAUCUACACAUGAUAGUGCCUUCCCCCCCCCACCGGGGCUAUCUCUCAAUACCGACAGCCGCAAGACAUCUGUCAACGACAACGACAGUAGUAGUACUAGAUGGUGCAACAGGGGUUUAAUAAACAAAGGAAGUGUAGACAGUGUAGCUCCUGAUCAGAGCUUUGGUAACUAUCCAACAGCUUUUCAGGUUAGACCGCCCCCUCAGCAGACCAGGCUUGUGGACCAAGGUCAAGGUGUGUCAGAAAAUGUGACUCAAGUGAAAAAGAAAGAGCCUGACUCAUCAGAGAAAGAGAAACCAAGAAAGCCUGACUCAGAGAAAUCAGAGAAACCAAGAAAGUCUGACUCCUCAGAGAAAGCAGAGAAAAAGAGCGUAAAAAAGAAACUUAGCGAGACAAUAUUCUGUUUGGUGUCUGUUCCCAUCCCCCCAACGCCAGGCGGUACGUCCCGUGAUCAAAACAACAAUGAUGAGAAGCCGCUAAGCCCAAUCCGGCCACCAAGCCCAGUGGAUAGUCCAAGCGAGAACAAAACUGGCCACUUAACAAACCAAAGUCUCCAAAGCACAUCUUCAGCAGAGGCCGAGCUGCAAGCUUUAACCGGUAGCAUAGCAAGCAGCAGAUCAAGCAGCAAAAUAGUGAGAAAACUCCCUAUUAAGCCCCCCAAAAUAAACCAUCACAAGGAGCUGAAACUCUCGGGAUCCUGGCCCGGGAACCAGUACCGUGACCAGGAGACUCAAACUAGCCCAGAGGCCCGAAAGCGUCAGCCUCCCCCUCCUCCUCCUCCUCCAGGUCCUGAAAACAAGGAAGCACAAGACCCUCAAGUCCCUGCCCCAGGUACCCCCGACCCAGGCGUCACCCCAGAUCCCAGCGGUGUGGGCAGCACUGCAUUCAGCUAUCCCAUAAAAGGGGUGAAGAGCCUGAAACCAUCCAGCAACAGCGCCUUUUCCAGGACGGCCACUUUCUCAAUCGCCAGCCAGCUGAACAAGAGCACAGUUCAGCCGCCAGCACCACCACCACCACCCUCAGGAAACACGACGGAGGCCAAACCAGCAGCGGCCUGCAGUGGGCAGUUCCUGCUGAAGCCCGUCAGCAGACGGCCAUGGGACGCCAUCGAGGAGCUAGAGCCUAUUAACAAAGAGUUCCAGGAUCAGCAGCAACAACAGCAGCAGCAGCAGCAGAGCAGCAAGAGGCCCAGUGUUGACCAGUGCAUCGAGGACCUCAACGAGGCCUACAAAGACAUCUUAGAGCUAGGCACUGCCAGCAAUAACGUUCCCAACAAUGGUGGCGCUGUGCAGAUCCCUGAGCGGAUCAAGAUAAGGCUGGCGGGGGAGGCGGGGCUCAGCAAACCUAGCAGCCUUAGGCGCAGUAUCGAGAGCUGGACUGUGUCCGUCGACCCGGAGUACAGGGAGGUCAAGAGUGCCUUCUCAAGACCCGCUGAAAGAAAGUCAGUGACAUUCAGCAAGCAGCUAAGAGAGGAGCUCCCUGUCCCGCCACGCGAUCCUACAGGAUUCAGAGAAUACAGGGUUGUUUCGAAUUUGUCACAGAGGAGAAGUAGCUGCAGUGGCAGGUCGGUGAAGCUAGACCUCUCUUCGCCUUCGGAGACACCACCGCCUUGUGACUUUACCGGCCCUAGUGAAUUUAUUGACUCUCCUAGUGAUGAUCCCAGCGAGAUCAGAGACUUAAGCCCAACGACGCCAACAACGCACACGGCAGCCGAGGUCCCCUGGGCAGAUAGGCAGCCGAUGCAGGACGCCUCCACACUUACGAGUCCCCCUGAUUAUGAGGACAUAUGUCAGUCUUUACAAAAGACCCGAGACUCAAAAGAAGUCAACAAAACCGUGACGGCCAAAUCUAAACUUGGUGGUGGUAGAGGCAAUACAGGGCCUCCAGGGGGCACCGGUCUAGACUCUGAAGAGGAAUGCCCCAUUUGUAAGAAAGAGAGCGAGAGCCAGAUGUCCAGACCAAGCCCAAUGUCUCCGCUCCACGAGGAGUCAAGCCCAGACUUGUCCGAUCAAAGUAGCGCCACGAUCGUCGGUGACAAUGGUAGUCCACAAGGAGCUGAAACAUCUGAAGAACCAGCUGAGGAUGAAGGAGACACAAAGGUAUCCUCUGACUCUUGCUCAAAUCAUUCAGAGGCUCAGACUCUGUGUCAAGGUUGGAGGGAGCAGCUGUCCCUCACAGAUGAUAAGAAUGUGGGUGGGAGUGCUACUGCUGAGAAGACCAAUCAAAACCAAGCUCUGGCAAAGGUAGAUGAUCUCAACAAUCUAUACGAAGUGAAAUGUGCCGAGGGCAUCCCAGAGAACGAAUCCAUAGAGGAGAGGGCAGCCAGGAUAUUAGGGAUUGAUGUGCCUGCAGAGUCCCUAGUCACAGAGGAGCAGAGGGUUAGAGAGCCAGCAACAGAGGAGCAGAGGGCUAGAGAGCCGGCAACAGAGGAGAUUGAAUUAACAGAGAGUGAACCCACUGCUGGAGAAGAUCCAGAAAGAAGCAGUGCAAACGAAGAAACAGUACAAAAACAUGUGAGAGAUACAGAGUCUGGGGAACUGGGGUCUACAGUGUCUACGGUGCCUGACAGUGGGCAGGAGUUACAAGAAAAGGAGCAGCCACAGGAUACCCCAGAGCGCAUCAGGAGUGCCAAAUGGACUCAUCUGGGUCGAGAAACUCCAGGUAUGCUGGAGUUUCCACCAGACAGACUGCCACUUUCGGUCCCCAUCAACCCCGACCAGAAGCUGUCUCACAGUCUGGAGGGAGAGAGGAGGGGCAGAGGCGCCUCACAGCACAUAGAGGCCCUGCAGGACAAGCUGGCUGCCUCGCCCAGCCACCAAGUGGCGAUAGAGCACCUGGCUCGGAUGAAAGUGGUGGACUCUGUGUCCCGCAUGAGACUCAGCAUCAGGAGCACAGACUCUGGGGAGGGGGAGGCAGACGGGGAGGCGGAGGGGGAGGCC